AGUAUUUUAGCCGAAACGUCUAUUUUAAGAUUUUUAAGUCAGUGACAACAACUUUUAAGAUUUUAUUACUAUGCCUGACUACAACUACAGUAUCUUCUUACAGAUGAUCACAAAUUUCUCAAAAAGACAUAAAUUACAUUUGUUACUAAUGUUGCUAUAAGGUCUGCACUGCUUGAUGAUUCUCCACUUGAUGAUGAAAGGUUUUUUGUUGUCUUUGAGUGUCCAAAUGUGUUUAGAUAGCUCAGUUUCGUUUCUCUUGUUUUGGUGUCGAAAGGAUGCUGUGUGAUUCCUGUAGCGCUCUUUAAAAUUUGUGGCGAGGCCCACGUAUGAUUCUGAUGAUGCUUGUGUUGUGGUUGUGGCUUGGCAAACUACAUUUUUGUGAGGCAUUUUCCGUCCAGCGGGCAUUGGUCUUUUUUUCUGCAGUUGCAUUCUUUGACGUUUGUUUGUUUUGACCUAAAUUUUCAAACGAAAUUGAAAUACAAUGCCACGUGGAAGCGGAACAAUUUACAAACCAUAACAACGCUGACACUUGAUAUUUUUAUUGAAAACAGCUCACGUUUGGUCGAUGGAUUUCUUAAUUCUUGUAAACGGCAGAAGAGUUUAUUCGUUUAUUAUUGUAUUUAACUGUUACCCGCUGACUGGAGAGUGCCUGUGUGGUAAAGUCGUCACAGAAAAAAAAGAAGUACGACGUCUUCUAAUUUUUUUACCCGUCAGAAAUAAUCACAUUCGUCGAAAUUAAAUAACACUUUCAAACUGUGGUGUUGAGCAAUUUUAAGACGUUCCAGGUAUUGAGGCAUGUCUAACAUUUACCCUUACUAAACACGUCCUUGACUUAAUACGUGAGCUAACAUUAUUAUUGUGGAAAUGUGAAAAACAUUUGCAUACAAAUCUGUCAGACGGUUAUUAAUGAGCGGAAGAUAAUUGUUAGAAUCAUGUGAUCGACAGAAUUAAGAACUAAAUGCACGCUAAAGGGAAGAAGGCUGCCCAUCCAGUUCCUAGGAUGGAUUUCAAAGCAUUUUUUCCAUUCUUCUUCCUUGUACCUCUCGCUCAGGCAGUGGGACCAAACCCACCAUUGAAUGUGUCAGUUGACUCAAAGAGCUCACGAGUGGUGAAUAUUUCCUGGAUUGCUGAUUUUGAUGGGAACAGUGUAAUUCAGAACUACACAGUGAAGAUAAGUAGAGAUAAUGAACAGUUUGUAGAUGCUCUCUGUCAAGGGUCCCUAUCAGAUAGUUCCUGUGUGGUGGUCAGUACAAGUGCUUCUCUUGGAAACCUCUCACCUUGGACAUUAUAUUACUUUAAAGUGUUUGCAAGAAACAAGAUUGGCAUUAGUGAUGAGAGCUCUGUGGUGAAUGCUACCACAGAUGAAGAAGUUCCAAGUACUGCUCCAAUCUUUGAUGUGACUGUUGUCAAUUCCACUGCCGUUAAUGUCUCUUGGCAGGUGCUGACGAGAGAGCAAGCCAGAGGAGAAAUCUUGGGUUAUUACGUUUUGUACAACAUAAAAUGUAAUCCAACAUUGGCAAAUAGAAAGGUUGAUGGAAAAGAAACCACUUCGUACGUGAUAUCAUCCUUAAAGGAGUUCACCUCGUAUGAGUUUGCUAUGCAAGCUUUCAACAGCAAAGGGGUCAGUCAAAAGAGCUCAGUCUUGGAGAAAAGGACAGACGAAGAUAUACCUUCGAGUGCUCCUGUACUUAUCUCUGUAAAGGUACUGAACAGUACUAGUGUCGAGGUGGAAUGGCAGCCAGUUCCUGAAGAGUUUACACAUGGUAUCAUUACAAAGUACGUCAUAUUCUACACAGCCGAGAGAGGGACGGGCGAAAAGGAAGUACCUGCAUCGCUUCUGAAAGCGGUCGUAAAUGGGCUUAGUCAGUCUACAACAUAUUUAUUUCGAGUUAGGGCUGAAACUGUGAAGGGUGCAGGUCCAAAAACCUGUCCAGACGGUCUACAGUUGUACUCCUGGGAACAGUUCCGCCUAGAGUACGAAGUACACGCACUGUCUGUGUACGAGGUCGUCAACCGACGUUCUCCAUCCGCCGGUGACGCUACUGUUGAUGUGGUUGCUCCUUAUGCUAAUCAAAGUUCCGUUAAUGGAGACCAGAACCGCGUGAAUAUAGUCGAACACAAUUGGCAGUGGGUUAUGGGAUACGGCAGUGAUUUUGAUGGAGAGACAUAG